AUCACCAGAUGUCCACAGGGAAACAGGAGGGAAAACAGACCCAGGGAUCAUCGAUCUGGAGAAUCCACCCAGGAAUCGUAUUCUGUCCCAGUGGGAGACACAUCCUCAGAUCCACCGUCGGGCCCAACUCGGGAACCUCAAGGAGCAACGAGUGGAAGACUCAGGUCAGGGUUUGGCCAGUGACCCAAGCAGGGUCUGCAAGCUCAGUCAUCCAUUUCCUGCCCAUCCUGGUGGCAUAUUUUCACGAUUCUACUCUCACUCUCCCAUCUCUUCAUUUGUUCCAGGGCCCGAGGGUGCCGGAGGUGAGGGACACCAAGAGUCAACAACCGGAGAGCCCAGCGGGGCACCGCCCACUGCCCCAAAGGAAGAGACGUGUUCAGGGCCCGAGUGUGCCGGGGGUGAGGAACACAAAGAGUCAACAACCAGAGUGCCCAGAGGGGCACCGUCCACUGUCCCAAAGGAAGAGACGUGUUCAGCCCCCUGGAUGCUGACGGAUGAGGAGUGCGAGAGGUUGAUCAGCGAGGUACAAGUGCUGUUCAUCGGGGACCAGGACUUGGGAUCGCCCGAGGACAUGAAGGCCUAUCUCCAGGAGUUACGUAAGAUGCUGAGGAAGCAGCUCCCCUGCAAACAAGACAAGUCCUAGGAUUAACAGACCGGA